UAAGUCCGGAUGGUUGGGAGAAAAAACUAUUUGAGUCCGGGUAAAACCCAAAUAGUUACUUUUUAAGAGGGGGAAGAUUUGGGUUUAGUCCCUUACGAGUUAGAGAAAAGAAUGCCUCCAAAGGUGGGUAUGAACUUGAAAAUGACCCAUAGUUUAGGGAUCUUUUGUAGUUUGUAAAAAAAAAAAAAAAAAAAAAAAGAGAAGUUUGUGUGAGUUUAUUAUUAGUUAAUAAAUGAUGUAUGAACUUGAAAAAUGCCCAUAGUUUGGAGGUUUUAUAUAGUUUAACCCCCUUCUUUUUUCUUAAAAUUUCUGACAAAUAAAAAACCGUUAGAUCAAACCAGCGCCACCACGAAUUUAUAACUCGAAAACGAAAUCCCUUGUCCCCGGCGCCGCCCCCCCCCCAAAAAAAAACGAAAUCACCGAAACCCUAUUCUCUCUCCCUCUCUCUGUUAUUAUUUUUAGUGUUCCGCUGGUACUGAUUUCACAGCGCCAUCUGCUAUGCUGUCCCUUUUCUACUCAUCUUUUUAUUCCCUUUUAUUCCAAAUCUUGUUUAACAUUAUGACUUAAAACUGGAAAUACCUCUUUUAUUUUGGUGCAGAUAUUGUUUUCAGUACUACAAAGUUUAUUGCUUCUUCUUUUUAUUCAACGCAAUUUCAAUUGCUUUCUUUAAUUUAAGAAAACUGAUUAAGGUUUGAUUUUCGGUGCAGAAUUUUUGUUGUCUUCGAAAUAGUUAAUAUUAUUGUGUUGUGUAUUUGAUUCAGAAGAUACAGAACCCAGAUGAGUCUAUUAAUUAGUAAUUUUGUAAUUGCAAAAGUGGAAUGACUGACAGAGAAUGUGUCUUAGGCUACUAGGUAUUGGUUUAGUACAUGUUGGUUGGUUUAUGAGGGAUUUAAGAUGUAAUUGCAAAGUAUUUGAUACAAUUGCAAAAUAUGUUUAUAUUACAUGUUUCUUCGCGUGCUCUCAUGUAAUGAUUUUAUUGGUGAUGAAUUAACCUACUAUGUCUUUUUCUGCAUUACAUUUGACUUUCAAUGUGUUAUGUAUGGCCUCUGCUACUUAAUGACCUUCUGCUGCAUAAUUUUGUUGGGUGGUUUGAUAUUCUUUACUACCUUUUGAGUUAUAGUUUACAUAUAUUUUGGUUGUUGAGGAUUGUAGUGAGCUUGAAUCUGUUUAUCUAUUUCUUAAUCUCUAGAGUAAUGUACCCUUAAUAGGUUUUUUCUUCUUUCUUUAUGAUAUUCUCUACUAGCGUGGCCCUUAAUUACUUGUGUUUAAGUACCUCUCUCUCAUUUGUAUCAUUGUUGUCCAGCCUGCACAUGGAGGGGGAAUGUUCGAUGUUGGUAAAGCAGGAGACCUCUUAUAAAUCUGUGUUCAUAGUGGCACAACAUUUUGGAAGACUAUAUGAAGGUGUGUUAUAUGAAGUAAAAAUUGAACAAGGAUCAGGAGCAAUUAUAAGGGGAGGACCAGGCAGAGCACUCGUGGGUGAAGAAGAUCGACCCCCAUUGCUUAAUCCUGUAAACAAGAUCUUUGGUGAGAGCGAUAUGGUUAAGCCGUACAGUUGUCGUUUGGUGGCUCUGAGGUUCAAUGGAUUGUCCAAGUUAUAUAUGUUGUUAACUGCUCGCGAUGUCCUUAGGCACAGCCUUAGGUCCACCACCACUGCCCCCACGAAACCGGACUUGAAGGGACGUAUUUUCGACAUAGAGACCAAGUCAUUCUAUGCAUUUACGCACCCCAAAUCAUUUAACCGAAGGUCAACUUUGAUGUCUGCGUAUAACAAGCUUUAUCAUCUUGGAAUUGCAGAUUCUUGGUCCCUAAAUAAUCCAAGGGUAGCCUUUGAGCGGUAUGAUCCCUGCAAUGACUGUUGGGAGCCCCUGCCAUCUGUUCCCUUUGGACUCUAUAAGGGCAGAGGAGGGAUGGCUGGUUAUGCUGUUUGCGGAAAUAAUAUUUUGCUCUCAUCGAGUGCCGGCAGGAGUUUCAUUGCUUUUAAUGUGAAGGAAAAGAAAUGGUAUCCUGUCUUAGCUAAGGGGUCUUUUUCUUUCCGCGGGAGGGCUGUGGUUGUAGGCAAUACCAUCUAUUGUUUAUUAACCCUCCAUCAUGGGAUGGUUGCAAAGUUUUCCUUUGAUCCUAGUACGUAUUCUAUAAGCGGAUCGCAGCGACUUUAUGGUUUGGAAUACAACAAAAAGCAUACGUACAACGGAUAUUUUGAACAGUGCUCAGAGUAUAUGGUUCAUCUAGGGAACUUGGAUUUUUGUCUUGUCCAGAGUGGCACUGACAGCAAUUGUUGUGGUCGUCAACCCAUUUGGAUCACCACGUUCCAAAUUGUCUCUGAAGGAGGAAAAAGCUCUAUCAACACCUUGCAUUCAACUGUUUAUGAUGUGGACCUAAAUGGCGCGCACAAAUUCUUAAUUGGUUUCAGCUUCACUCCAGAUUGCGAGGAUAACGAACCCAAAGGAAUAGAAACUAAGGUGAAACUAAUACAUGGACCACUGGAAAAGAGAUGCAAACGGAAAGGACACUACAAGCUCGGGAUCAAGCGUGGGAUCAAGCUCAGGACCAAGCGCACAUCUAGAAAAUCCUUUGGCCUCUGUUUGAAGAGAGGCCUCAUCACUUUGGGCAAACUCUGAAGUUCUGAAGUUGAUUUGGAAUUUGGCAAUCACACGCUUCAUGCUCCUGAAGUUGGAUUUGUGACAUUAGAUGAGAAUGACUAAGAGUUAAAAGAAUUGGGUUUUACUAUUUUUAACUAUUUUACUGCUGCUGCUAAUGUAUCCAGCAGCAGAGGAGUUUAAUCACCAGCUGCUUUUCUUUAUCCUAUCAUUCUGUCUGGACUACUUGUAGUAUUAAUUAGCAUCUGGAUAUAUCUUAAUGUGGUCUGUAAAUUUACCUAUGUACUAUUAGUAUCAGCUUUGAAAUAGUUUGUUAGGCUUAGGAGUUGACCAUGUAGUGUUUAUUUAUGGAAGAAUAGGUGGAUUUGUGGCGUUUAUGGUGGGAGGUUGUAUAAUCUAUCGGAUUUGUGA